UAUAAGGGGCUGGGAUGGCUGGAGCCGUUGGAGCUCGCUGAGGACCCACAGCCAUCACAGAGGUCUGCCCAAGAUGAAGCUGUUCCUGGUCCUGGCACUUGCCCUGCUGGGGGCCGUCUCUGCUCACCAGCUCCAUGAGGGCGCCCCGGAGCAGGAGGUACCAGCCGAGCAGGGCAAGGAGGAGCCCAGGGAGCCGGAGCCACCGUGCCCCACAGAGAGAGAGAGCUUCAGGGUGAUUGUGCCUGGCCAGGGGGGCUGCAACUAUCGGUAUAUGCUUGUGACCGAUUGCCGGACAUUUGAGAAUGCCAAGGACACGUGUGCCCGUUGCUACCGCGGCCAACUGGCCUCCAUCCACAGCAGCUUGAUCAACCAACGCCUGAGCUGCAUGGUGCGUACCCGCACCAACCGGAGCCAGGUGUGGAUCGGGGGCUACACCUCUGGCUGGCACCACUGUCUGCGCGCCUACUGGGUCGACCGCAGUUCCUGGAACUACUCCAACUGGGCCAGAGGGAACCCCUGCCGCACUGGGAAAACGUGUGUCGCCAUGUGCCCUUCAG